GUACUACUGGGCAUCGUCUUUCGAUGUUAUUUAUUCUGAUAAGUAAAUGAGGAAGCGAAGAGAAAGCAAAGAGUAUUCCGAGUUCCUAGAUAGAGUGAUGAUUAUAGCACUAUUGCCUUUUCAAAUGCCUAUAAUAAUAGCUCAGUCGAUAGGGAUCGGGUUAGGAUUCCUGACAAUUUAGCAACGUGCUCUUUGCUAGGGAAUUAACUACUCUCCGGCAUUAAUAUAGGUAAGAGGUCAACCCAUGAACCUUUGUUAUCUCCACUUGCCCUCUUAAGGAUAGAAUACUUCUCUACAGAUGAAUGAAACUGAAACUAACAACUGAGUAUAAGGUUACACAACCACUAAGGGCUCUCAUACGUGCUACCCUCCACCCCUCUGGGAUAGGAGCAGUCGUUGUCUACAACGAACGUUUUACUUAUAAUGACAGUUUUAUUGGCCAAACGUUGGACUACAAAGAUUUUUCUUAUACCGUUUUAGAAGUUAUAGCUGGAGGUGGUUCUGCUUUGGUAUUUUUAGUUGUAAAUAAUUAUGAUAAGCAACUUUAUGCUCUGAAACGACUUAUUAUACCUGAUGAAACCACAUUACGCAUUGUUAAGAAAGAGAUAAAAUAUAUGAAAUUAUGCAGGAAACAUCAAGGGAUUGUGAAGUAUAUUGAUGCUAAACUACUUUCUUCAAGUAAAGAUCUCCACGGUAGCUCAGAAGCGCACCUCAUCUUGGAAUUUUGUCCUGGAAGGCUCUUUGAUCUUCUUAAAGAAACCAAAGUAGGCUUUUCCCCUUCUUUAGUGUUGCAUUUGUUCCGCCAGAUUGUCGAGGCUGUAGAAUUUCUUCACUCUCAGAGGCCACCAAUAAUUCACAGAGAUUUAAAGAUUGAAAAUCUGCUUAUUAAAAAAGAUGGCCGUAUUGCUUUGUGCGAUUUUGGUAGUGCAACUUCUCAGGUGCUUUUUCCUAAUAAAAUCAGUGAAGUUAAACGUGCUGAAGAGGAAAUUCAGAAGUAUACUACUCCACAAUAUAGAUCUCCCGAAAUGUGGGAUCUUCUCGGUGGCAAUUCAGUCGAUUACAAGAGUGACUUGUGGGCCUUAGGCUGUAUAUUAUACAAGCUGUGCUAUGUUAAUUCUCCUUUUGGCGAUGGUCAGAAGCUCUCAGUUUUGAACGCUAAACUUAGUUUACCUAAAGAUGGACGUGCACACGUGAUUUUUCAUGAUUUGAUAGCGAAAUUGCUUUCUAAGGAGCCGGACAGGCGGCCUGACUGUCCCGCCAUCCUGGCUGAGCUGUUAACUAUUAAAGAAACAGUCGGCGAGCCUACCAAGGAGGAGCUGGCAUCUCUUAUCCCCGCUUCAGUUGAUAUGCGGGUGCGCUCGAAACUUGCUCUGUUUCAAAGAAAAUGCUCGAGCAAAGUUUUAAGCGCCUAUCAUACGCUUAAGGACUAUGCAUUGCAGAUAAAAGCUUCGCAGGCAGUAACUGAUCCUAUUCUUACUCCACACGAGCUCAUUCCCAGGAUGCUCGUUGCGGUUGCGUGCACAGGGAGCAAGUUUGGCGCUUUAUGUGCUGCAUUGCGGAAUAACUACAAACAGAAGAGCUGCUUUCAUGUUAACGUUGGUGCUCCUCUUGCUGAGACUAAUUUCGGCGUUUUUGUGCGGGAUGUUAAGCUCUCCCUGGAGGGUUCAUUAGGGUUAAGCGAGCUCUAUGAGAUAUGCGGAUGCUUGGACGCGUGGCUUUUAUCCGAGAAAAGCAACAUCGUUUUCCUUUACUGUCACGAAAGCACUCUUGACCAGUGCUUUUUGCUUGCUUCCUCGUAUCUUCUUUACUGCGGUUUGUGCGCCGAUCCUUCUAUCGCUUUAAAGCUCGUCUCCUCGAAGCUUAGCCGACAUAUUCACAUAAAACCUUCUUUAGUGCGAAAACUCAGUUAUGUAAAAGCCAUACGAACAACAGGCCUGCCUGCUCACCGGAGCUUUAUUCUAGUGACCCGCCUAUCUUAUACACUUAUAAAUGAGCUGCGCCGCUUUAGCUCUUAUAUAUAUUUUCUCUUGGUUAUGCCCGACUUUUUAUAUUCGACUGAAAGUAUUCCUUUUACCGUAAAAAAUAAUGAAGUUCAUUUUUCGUGCGCUUUUGAAGUGACGGGCGAUUUUUUAAUCCGUUUGGUGAUGACUCACAAUGAGAGAAGACGUACUCUCUUAGAGUUCUAUGCUCACUCAGACUUUGUCAGGGAAGGCAAUCAUCAGUUCAUAGCUGAUGCAAUGGACAAGCUCCCACUUUAUAUUCCGGAUACUUUUUAUAUUACCGCCCAAUUUACUUCUCCAACUGCCGAAAUGUCCUCCGCCCACCACGCGGACACAAACUGUGCAGCGAAUGCCGUUGAAGACAGAGACCAAGCAGUGUGUACAGACUUGCUGGGCUUUAAUGACCUUUUAAACAAGGACCUCGGCGUCAUUGGUGUUUCGGAUCUGAAAGAAGCGUCAAUGUUGAAUGGACCAGAGUUAGAGUCUUUUUUUGUAAGUGACAACUCUGUAGUCUCAAGUAUUCCGCCUGCCGAGGAUGCUACCCUUUCAAGUGUAAACCACGCGACAGCCUUCUUUCUUGACGAAACUUUAAGCACUCUUCAAUAUUUAAGCAUCUUUGAAGAAUUCACGGAGGUGGAGAAUGCAAGUUUGCCACCUUCACUUACCGAGUACCCUUUUUAUAAACCUCAAGUAGAACGGCAAACGGACAGAUCCCUUUGUGAACCGAUUUUUAACAAAGGGUCGUUGACUGUCGCCCCAGAAGGAUUCUCUAAAAACGGUCACAUGAACCCUCUCACAGACUUUCUGUGCGAAAGUAAACGGCCGCCUAAGCCGCGAUCUCCUCUGUCGCCACGGGACCAGAAGGUGGCUAGUCCUGCCUCAUACGCCAAAGUUGAUAAAGAUCUUCCAGGAAACUUAGGAUUCGAGGAGCUCCUGGCGAGUGAAGGAUUCAAUUUUAAGACAAAAACUAAAGGACAGACACUAGCCUCCCUACAGAAAGGCUUGCAGAAUAUAAGUGAGCCAGAUGAUGCAGAAUGCCUGCAGCUAAAGAUAGACGCAUGGGUAAAAGCAAAGGGGUACAACAUUAGAUCGAUGCUUGUCUCUCUUCAAGAAGUCCUUUGGGAGGAAUGCGAUUGGAGAGUCACAAUGGCAGACGUUUUGGAAGCUUCCGGCGUAAAACGCGCAUACAGAAAAGCAUGUCUCCUCUGCCAUCCGGACAGGAUUGAAGGAAGGAUACACGAAGAUCUCGCGAGACUGCUCUUUCAAAAACUAAGUCAAUAUUAUAACGCAUGGAUGGAGGCCGGCUCACCGGGGUCCACCUAUUAGCCACACCAAGCAAGCUAACCAAA